AUGCCCAGCGCCGUGUGGAGCAGCCUGUCCGUGGUGCUGGGGCUGCUGCUCUGGCACCCUGCCGGUGCCAGCGGCCCGUGCUGGGAGAGCAGCAAAUGCCAGGACCUCAGCAGCGAGGCCGGCGUUUCGGCGUGUGCUGCCGCGUGCAGAGCCGACCUCUCUGCCGAGGCGCCCGUGUACCCGGGCAACGGGCACCUGCAGCCCCUCUCCGAGAGCGUCCGCAAGUACGUCAUGAGCCACUUCCGCUGGAACAAGUUCGGGCGGCGGAACAGCAGCGGCGGUGGGGCGGGAGGUGUGGGGGGACACAAACGUGAGGAGCUGGCUGCGGGGGGCAGCCCGGCGCUGGCAGCGGCGCCCGCCGGCCCAGCCGCACGCCGCGAGGAAGAGGAAGGAGCCGGGCCGGAGCGGGAGGAAGGCAAACGCUCUUACUCCAUGGAGCACUUCCGCUGGGGGAAGCCGGUGGGCCGCAAGAGGAGACCCAUCAAGGUUUAUCCCAACGGGGUGGAGGAGGAGUCGGCCGAGAGUUACCCGCUGGAGUUCAGGCGGGACCUCGUGCUCGGCGGCACCGGGGCAGCACCCGAGGAGAGAGAGGAGGAGGAAGAAGAGGAGGAGGAAGAGGAGGAAGGCCAAGAGGAAGAGGAGAAGGCGGCCGGCGGCUCCUUCCAGCUGCGGCGUUUCCGCUGGCGCGCACCCUCCAAGGACAAGCGCUACGGCGGCUUCAUGAGCUCGGAGCACAGCCAGACCCCUCUAGUGACUCUCUUCAAAAACGCCAUCGUCAAAAGCGCCUACAAGAAGGGGCAGUGAGUGGCGGGGGGAAGAGCCCGAGGGGCACUCACCAUCCCCAUCCCCCCCACUGCCACCACCACACC